AUGGUCAAAAGAAAGGUCGCCGCGCUCGAAAAGGUCGAGGCCGAUUUAGUCAAUCUGCAGUACAAGAUUCGGAGAGACCCUAGGUCCUACGCGCAGGAAUUCCACGACCAGUGGCUUGCCUACGAUGCGCAACGCCAGAUCUUCGUCUCUUCCCCGUCGACUGUCUCCAGCGAGGAUACCAAAAAGUUUCACGACCUCGUCGACCUCGUAGCCCACGUCGCAGACCUCUACCCCGAGCUCGCCGCCCCGUACCCUGACCACCUCAAAGAGCUCCUAAACCAGCACCAUGCGACCCUCGAUAAGGAACUGCGCGAGAAGGUGGUGGGCAGUUUGGUGCUGCUCCGGAGAAAAGAUGUAAUCGACUCGGCCAGCCUGUUGACAACCCUCUUCCCGAUCCUCAUCUCGACCCCGAGCAAGACCCUACGGUCGCUGCUGUACACCAAGAUCAUCAGUGACUUGAGGGAAUCAAACUCCAAGACAACGAACCACCGACUCAACCGGACCAUUCAAACCGUACUACACAACCUUGUCACCUCGGAUCGCACUUCGACCAAGGGCAUGUGGGCCACGCGCAUCACACGCGAGCUGUGGCGCCGCCAGAUCUGGACCGACGCGAAGCCGUGCGACGUAAUGAAGGAGGCCUGCCUCAGCGAUAACGAAAAGGUCGUCAUUGGUGGUGUGAGGUUCUUCUUGGGCGGAGACAAGGAGCGGGAGGAGCUCGAAGAUGAGUUAAGCGACGAGGACAUUGACAUCAAGAAGGUCAAGCACCAAGGGACCAUCAACAAAAAGACCAAGAAGCGCCAAAAGGCGUACGAAAGGGCGGUCGACAAGAUCAAGAAGCACGACCGCAAAAAGAAUGCACCACAUCCCCUGAACUUCUCAGCCCUCCAUCUCAUUCACGACCCCCAAGGGUUCGCCGAGAAGCUGUUCCAGAAGCAUCUGCAAAACACCAAGAACAGGUUCUCUCUCGACAACAAGCUGCUCAUUCUGCAGCUGGUGACUCGUCUUGUCGGGCUGCACAAGCUCACCAUCAUCUCCCUCUACUCUUGGUUCGUCCGGUACCUGACGCCGAAGCAACUGAGCGUCACGUCAUUCUUGGCGUCGCUGGCCCAAGCAACACAUGACCUGGUGCCUCCCGAUGUCAUUGAGCCGCUGGUGGUGAAGAUCGCUAACGAGUUCGUCUCGGAGGCGUCCGCCGCCGAGGUGUGCUCCGCUGGCAUCAACGCCAUCCGCGAGGUGGCCCUUCGGCAGCCUCUUUGCAUGACCGAGACCCUCUUGCAGGAUCUUGUGUUGUACCAGAGGAGUAAAGACAAGGGCGUGGUAAUGGCGGCGAAGGGCUUGCAGUCUCUUUAUCGCGAGGUCUACCCCGAACUGCUGCAGAAGAAGUACCGUGGAAAGCAAGCUACAAUGGGUCUGCGGUCGGGAGCCGUCAAGCAGCGGCAGUUCGGUGAGGCAGAGCAGGGCGGCAUCGAGGGUAUCGAGCUGCUCGAGCAGUAUAAAGAGGAACAAAAGAAAAAGAAACAGGAGGAACAGGCCCUGGAAAAUGGGGGUGCCGAAAGGAAGGAAGACGACGAGGAAGAUGACGGCUUCAACUCGGACGAGUGGGAGGUUGCCUCCACCGAUAGCGAGUCCUCCGGUGGCUGGAUUGACGUCAGCAGCGACUCGGACGACGACGAGCCAGCCAAAAAGAAGCGUCGGAGAGAGGAUGACGCCGACGAAGCCCCCGAACUCGUCGACACCUCCACCGAAGCAGGCGCUGCGGAGGCUGAGCUCAACCGCAUCUCCAAGCUCGCCACAACCUCCAUCCUCACCCCCGCCGAUCUUGCCAAGCUCGAGGAGCUCCGCCGCGAAGCCAAGAUCGACAAGGCUCUCGGCCGCACCUCGAAGCGCAAGAAGGAGCUCAUCGACAAACACAUUGAGGACGGGCUCACGGCCGACGACAUCGAGCUGCCGGCGCAACUGGGCAAGAAAACGACCAAGGAGGAACGGGUGGCGUUGGCGCGCGAGGGCAAGCCCGGCCGCGAGGAGCACAAGUCCACACAAGCCAUCCGCCGGGCCAAGAAGGACGCCGAGGGCAAGAGCACGACCAACAAGGAGAAGGCUCGGAAGAAGAACUUUUUGAUGACUAUCGGCAAGGCCAGGGCAAAGAACAAGAGGAGUCUGGUCGAGACGAGCAAGACCAUGAGAGCGCAUAUUGCGAGGAGCUAUGGAUAUGCGAAGAUCGUAUUCCGCAGCGCGUCCGGUACCGCGAAGAAUGUUGUGCACAGGCCCGAGAGUACGGCGUCGGCAAAAGAGGCGGAGAGGAGGGAACGGGGGCUCAGGGGUCAGGACCUAAACUCGCCAUAA